AUGCCUCCAAAAUCCGUCCUCAUCACCGGCUGCAGCGACAACGGCAUCGGGUCCGCCCUGGCGAUCAUCUUCCAGCAACAAGGCUACCACGUCUUCGCCACAGCGCGCAACCCAGCAAAAAUGUCCAAACUAAAGGACCUGCAAAACGUGACCUUGCUGACGCUAGACGUGGUCGAGCCCACGCACAUCAGCGCCGCCGUCGAAGCCGUCCGCAAGGAAACGGGCGGAACGCUGACGUAUCUCAUCAACAAUGCCGGAAGGAAUCACUUCAUGCCCGUGCUGGACGAGGAUCUCCACGCUGCCAGGAGAAUCUACGAUGUCAAUGUCUGGGGUCCGUUGGCAGUGACGCAGGCGUUCGCGCCGCUCGUUAUCAAGGCUCGGGGGAAGAUUGUCUUUAUUACUUCUAUCACGGGGUAUAUCAAUAUGCCGUAUAUGGGCAUCUACAGCUCCUCAAAACGCUCCCUAGAAAACAUUGCCGAAACCCUGCGUCUCGAACUGUCCCCCUUCAACGUCGACGUCUUGUCCAUCGUCACAGGCGCCAUCCAAACGAACUGCCAGACCUCCUUCCACUACUGGAAACUUCCCCCGGACUCGCUGUACAAGCCCAUCGAGGGGACCAUUGCGCAGCGCGCGCGCGGCGAAGACGGCUUCAGCAGGAUGGAUCCCAUGCAGUAUGCUAGGAGGGUGGUUGGAGAGAUUGUUCGAGGCAAGACGGGGAAGUUUUGGUAUGGCAGUUUGGCUAGUGAGACGUGGUUUUCGUCCAUGUUUUUGCCGACGGCGAUGGUGGAUGACGCUAUGGUCAAGGGAACAGGGCUGGACGUCUUGGCAAUGCAGAAGCUGUGA